AUGAUCCAAUUCACCCCUUUAAAUGCCGACGCUGCUCCUUCGCAGGCCCAGAUAUUGGUGGAUCCUCUCGAUGCACCGGUAGCUAAAUCAUUUUUUUCCACAACUACUACUAGAUCGUACUAUGCUGUUUUUGACUUUGAUUUUAUUCGUUCAAUAGUUCCGGGAAU